AGAAAUGUAUUGGGCAGGUCCUUCAACCUGCUGAGUGCAACAUUGAUGAAGCAAGAAUGCUGGAGUAUGAGCGGAUGUUCCUGCGUGAAGCUGCGUGUACAGCAUCGCAAGAGCACCGGUCCAUCAUCCAGUGCUUGGGGGUGCUGCAGCUGCCCGCAGCUGCAGUCAACAGUAGUGCGCUGGGCGGCAAGCUGGACCAGCCGCCCAUGUGGUGCAUGGUGCUGGAGCUGUGUGAGCCGUACACGACCAAGACGCUGAUCACACAGGGCAUGACGGAUAACCGGCGCACCUACACAAACCUGCAGGCCUACACGUGGCUUACGCAGCUGGCCUCGGCUCUGGCGCACCUGCACAGCCACCGGCCGCCCAUCAUCCACCGGGACAUCAAACAGGAGAACCUGCUCCUGAAAAAGGUCACGCGGCCACCACCGGCGGCGGCGGCAGCAGCUGGCGGAGGGGUGCCGGCCGGGGCUCAGCGGCUGCCUGGUGGCGGUGGCGGCACACAGCUUGAAGCGAAGCUGGCAGACCUGGGGCUGCACGUGGUGGUGGAGGCUGAGCGCUCCGUCAUGCUGCGGCGCCGGGCCAGCAGCCUCGGCACACGCAGCAUACACUCGCGCCUGAGCCGCCGCAACUCCACGGCGCAGCCGGAGCGCUCUGCCCACGGCGGCGGCGGCGGCGGCGGUGCAGGCGGCGGCACACCGCUAUUAUCGCCCCAUCCGCGUCUGUCGAAAUGCGGUAGCAGCGCCGCAGCGUUUGGUGCUGCGGCAGCAAUUGGCGAUGAUGACGACACGCCGUUUCUGGCAGUGAGUAGUGUGGCCCCUAGCGGCCAAGCCAGCAGCCGGCCGCCGUCAUGGAGCUUAGCCACAGCCGGCGGCGGCGGCGGCGGCGUGCCAAUGUCCCGCCCGUUACUGCCCUCGGGCCACAGCGGCAACAGGCGCCGGCGGCCAGCAUCGGCGCAAGCAGUAAUACUAGGCUUGAACUCAGGGGGAGCAGGGGAAGCCGGAUGCGGCGUAGCAGGAGUGGCUACGGCGGCUAACGCGACAGCAGAGGACAUUUUCUUGUACGGCGGGUGCCUGGGUGGCGCGCGUGCAACUGCCAUAACUGCUCCAGGAGAUGCUGACAGCGCAGCGGCGGCGGAGUCAGCCGCAGGGCGGUCGCCCUUCGUAGCGACGUCACAGCAGGCGCUGCUGGGUGGCGACAUGUGUGAUGAGGUGGCCGGGGGCACUGCAGCAGUGGGGGGGACGAUGCAAGAAGCGUCAACGUGCCGCAGUAGUGACAGAGGCACGUUUGAAUUUGAUGUCACAGCCACGGCAACUGGUUCCUCCAGGCCGCCGCCACCACAGCAGCAGCAGCAGCAGCAGCAGCAGCAGCAGCAGCAGCAGCAGCAGCAGCAACAGCAGCAACAGCAGCAGGCUACGUUGGCGGCGGCGGCUCGAGGCGGGGGGCCCCAGCAGCAGCCGCGUGCGGCGGAUGGGCAAGGAGGCACCAGCAGCCGUGCCGCUGCUGCGUCAGCAGCGGACGUCGGCACCCCCUCCUGGGCCACGCGUCCUGCCAGCAGCUCAGCACCGCCGCCCGGCAGCAGCAGGGGAGGCAUGCCGCGAUCGCUGCUCAGCAUUAUGACUGGUGUAGACGGCAAUGACGCGUCUGGUGUUGUUGGCAUAACUAGCGCCGGCGGCGCCUCAGGCGGCGGCAGCAGGCAUGUGGCGGCGUCCCCAGCAGCACAGCUGGUGGCGUCCGCAGAUGCACUCGCCGUGGGGGAGGCGUGGCGGCCGUACCAGCGGCACAGCCCAGGGGCAGCCGCCGAUGGCGGCGGUGGCGGAACGCGCCCACCACCAGCCUUGUCACUGCCAUCGCCUACUGCUGCUGCUGCUGGCGUUCCACGCGGUGGUCUCGUGGCGCCGAGCAUGUCAGUGUGCCUCACUGAGGAGCUGAUUGACCUGGCGGAGGUGGAAGAGGAGGGCGAUGAUGUAGAAGGAGACGAGGCACAGCCGGAGCCGGCGGCAGACCAGCAGCGGCCAGCAGCGAUGGCUGUUGGGUCAGGCGCGGGCCGUGCGGCAGAUGGGGUGGGCAGCGGUGGCGGCACAGCAGCAGCUGCCGCCCUGCGGAGCAAACUAAUCCCGCGGCCCAAGUCGGCCGCAGCGGCAGCGACGUCGUCUCCGGACAGGCGCCUGCCUUGGGCUGGGACGGCGGUGGCGGUGUGUGGUGGAAGCGAGCCAGGCGUGGGUGGCGGCGCCAUGCAUGUGCGAGGUGUUGGGCAGGCCUGUGCGUCUUGUGUGGGCGGCAGCUCGGCGGCUGGGGUGCGGGCACAGCACUGCCCAGGCGCCGCCGCGGCACACGCCGACGUCAGUGACCGGCCGACGAGUGACCGCACAGAGUCGCUCAGCAGACUGCUUGCCCGCCACCCCGACCUGAUGGUCCAACCCGUGGGCCCUGACGGCUCCUUCACGUCAGGCCUCCGCCGCGUGCACAGCGUGCUGAGCCAGUUCCGCCAGAGCGAGCUGAAGCAGCUGCGGCAGAGCUCGCUCGAGUGGGUGUUUGGCCUGACGGGCAGGGCCGGCAGCUGCAUGUACAUGGCUCCCGAGGUGUUUCGCAAGCUGCCCUACAACGAGAAGGCUGACGUGUUCAGUUUCGGAGUGGUCAUGUACGAGUUGCUGUCGCGCGAGCUGCUGGUCAUCUCCUACUUCAACACCAGCCGGGGAGCCAAGCUGGGCAUGCACCAGCCAGAGGACUAUGCGGAGAUGGUGUGCGAUGGCUACCGGCCCCCGCGGCCGAAGUGCCUGGAACACACGGACCAGGCGUGGGCGCUCAUUGAAGCGUGCUGGCAGGACGACCCGGUGCAGCGACCCGACAUGGACACCGUGCUGGUGCGGCUGCGGGAGCUGCAGCGGGAGGAGGAGCUGCACCCCACAGACCCGCCCCCUGGCGGGCUUGCCGGUUGCGGUUGUGUGAUCUGCUAAGAGAGCCGCAGGGCACGUCACGGGCGGUGCUUGGCGGCGCAAACAGCAGCUAGAUAACGGUCGGCAUGGUGAAUGAGCCAUGCCGUUCCCUAGGCGUUCCAGGCAGGGAUGCCCCCGUGAAUGCCCCCCGGUCCCCUUGGUGAGCAGCUAAUUACUAGGGUGGGCUGUAUACGUAUGGUAUGAAUGCAGCGCACUCAGGUCAAAACCCGGGUAUGUAUAUAUCUCCAACUGACACCUCACGGCCGCCUCACCGCCGUGGCAGUAGUCAGUAGGCGGCUAGGUGAUGCGUUAGUUGCAGCAAUGCGCUACAUCUCACUUUCAUCCACACGGGGGGGCACCCUAGGUGCAAAAGUGCACUUUUUACCCCUUUAAUAACUUUUGCCCGACAACUUGCGUAGACACCAGAUUGGGUGUACGCCGUCCUUGAUGCUCCGGUCUCUCCGCAACUUGUCGGGCGAAUGUUAUAUUGCAAGAUGGGGGUACAAACGUGUCAGGAGUAGGGGGAAUCACUGACCCAAGACUCCAGCGGAUCCUCGGCCGCAUGAGUGAGGGGAACAUAUUCAGACCCCUCGGCAUGGUCAGUGCUCGUAUCUUCCAUCUACACUGUAGAAAUGUGCCCAAAAUCCGCCGAAGGCGGAGAACAAUUUUUGGGUUUGGGUGCCACGCAUCUACGCAGUGUAGACGUUUUUGGCCGGUUUUGGCGCAAAAAUGGGGGAAGCGUAGACGUUUUGGGGGGCUUGGGGGCUUAAGUGUAGAUGCCGCGGUCAGGGUCAUCUACGCAUGUGAAGAUGCCGGGUGCCUGAGGGCAUCUACAAGAUAUGAGCACUGGGCAUGGUGCCCCCCCCCCCCCGCGUGUGACUUUCAUCCGAGUGUGCUUGAUGAUAGUCGGAAGGCCUGUGAGUGGAUGCACCGCCAUUGUCAGGUGUGCCUAUGUAUGUGUAUAGCUAGUUUGAUCACUAUUUUGUCAUGGACUUCUCAUGUUUUGCGGCGCCCACUGUUGGUCCCUGCCGUGUGGUGCUGGCCUGUGUGUACGUUCACGUACGCGUGGCAUGGGGCUACGUUUGCAACGUCGCAAGAGGCUGGGGCAACCCGCGAGUACCAGGCCAGGCACAACGUCCCGCUCCCGCCGGGAUGAAACUGCAAGCUUUCACGCGUGUCCAGCCGCAUUCAGAAGCCCCACACUGCCCCACAGGGUUGCGACGCCCGUUCACGUCCCAGGCAACCCCAGAAUGGCUCAGGGCGGUCAAGCGAAGUCGGGUUUUAUGGAUGUGCUCGUUAACACAUGAGUAUAUGGACAUAUUUGUCUCGCACUUGUGUACAGAUUUGUUGGAUUGGUGACGCGUGCGUUCAGCCGGUCGGUCAGCCGCAGACUCCAACUGCUCGGGGUCGGCAUGGACAGGCGCAAGGUUUUGGCGCGGUCAGCAGAGGCAGGUCCUAAAUAGAAAA